AGACGCGCGCGGUGAAGUGUUUGAGUUCAAUGUGCGAAUAAAAAUGGAGUCGAAAAUGAAAAAUUUCACCAACCCGUUAAGUUUGGAGUGCGAGAAAACAAAUUUAAAUCUCACUACACCGUUCUCUAUCAACGAUAUUCUAACAAAAGAAGAGUCGAAAUGCGAAUUCGAAAAUAGAAUGUUUUCGUCGAGUUUUAGCGGGAAGAUGAAUUUUUUAAAACCGGCCAGUUUCAAAGAUGGAUUUCCGAAAAAGGAGGUUUUGGAAAGAAGUAUGAAAUAUUAUGAUGAGUGCAAUAAUUAUAGAGAUUUCAGCGACGAUGGUGCGCUAGAUAUGUCGAGGAAAAAUUUGCCAGUCACAGAAUUAUCAGAUGACUACGAUUCAAGAUCCUCUCACACCGGGUCGCCCGUCCGCCGGAAUUCCUCACCCAAUUCUGACAUCAGCUAUAAACCAUUUAACUUGCACUACGAAAGGAAAUGUUCCACUCCCCCUACCGACUCCAGGCUCAUGCACUCACCAAACUACACAAUAGAAUACUCACAAAACACGGGAAGAAAGAAACGAUCACGAGCGGCAUUUUCCCAUGCUCAAGUAUACGAACUAGAGAGAAGAUUCAGCCAACAAAGAUACCUAUCGGGACCUGAACGAGCUGACUUAGCUGUGAGCCUGAAACUCACAGAGACACAGGUCAAAAUCUGGUUCCAGAACCGACGGUACAAGACAAAACGUAAGCAGCUACAGAUGCAAGAAAGCGGCAUGCUUGCAGCCGCUGCAGCCGCUGCGAACCACGCAAGGAAGGUCGCUGUAAAAGUACUCGUAAAUAAUAAUGGACAAGCGUUACCAGAUCUCAAGUACCAAAGCCCGCUGAUGGGCAAAGGCGUAAAUCCAGCGCUAUUUACGCCGCCGAACGUUCUAGAAGGGUCGCCGAUCUGGAAACACUUCGCUGGAAUGUACGGUGUCGACUUCACGAAGAAUCCAGAAUAUAAAGCGCUGUUACAAGAAUCGUAUAAUCAAGCAGUGCUGCAGUCUUUAUACGCUCCGCAUUUAGGUGUGAACUAUCCUAAUUUAUCUUUACCGUAUAUGUAUUACCCUGGACAUCCAGCUUUUGGGAUGCCCAUGACCUGUGAUACGGAUAGGAGUCAAGGGGAAACUAGUGAGAAUAAGGAUUUCGAAGUAAAACAUAAGGAAUUACCCAAAAAACACGUUGAUAUCAAUGAAAACAGUAAUGAAAGUAUGGCCAGUAAUAUUGAAGUGGAAAACUGAAACACUAUUCUAAAUAAUGAUUGUUUAGUGCACGGAUAAAUUUUAAAAUUUAUAAAUUAGGUAAAAAUUGUUAUUAAGUUUCAAGUACUUCAAAUCUCACUAUAUACUUCAAUCUAUCCUCUGAAACUAGACGAAUGCAUUUAAAUGAAGUUUGAAAAUCAUUUAUAAAUUCUCCAAAUUAUUGUUAUAAAAAUUUGCAAUGUAUACCAAUGAAUAACCAAAGAGAUGUAAAACAACCAAAAAACUUAGAUUAAGAUAUAUCUAUAGAUAGAAGAUUGUUAGAUGUAAAUAUUUCGUUAUUAUAUUAGUUGCACAUUUGUAUAUACUUAGUACAAAUUUUUGUCUGUAGUUAUGUUUAAUAAAGGUGCAAUACCGUUGGA